GCCCGGAGCCGGAGUUCCUGGAGCGGACUUGCCAAGCGCCUCAGCCUACCCACAGGGAUUCCCUCUCCAGCCAAUCGCGUCUGAGCAACGGGACUGCCCCUAACAAAGAUGGCGGGAGAGGCCUCCGUGGGGGCAGGCUGAUUUAACACCCAGACCCAGGGCGGCUAGGGAAGACAGUGGUAGCGGAGCAGCCCGGCCAUGGAGGAGGGAGGCAGCGGCGGCAGCGGCGGCAGCGGUGGCAGCGACAGCAGCACCAGCGGGAGUGGUGGGGCGCAGCAAAGGGAGCUAGAGCGCAUGGCUGAGGUCCUGGUCACCGGGGAGCAGCUACGGCUCAGGCUGCAUGAAGAAAAGGUGAUUAAAGAUAGGCGACAUCAUCUCAAAACCUACCCAAACUGCUUUGUCGCAAAAGAACUGAUCGACUGGCUGAUUGAGCACAAAGAGGCUUCCGACAGAGAGACCGCAAUCAAGCUCAUGCAGAAGUUAGCUGACCGGGGCAUCAUUCAUCAUGUGUGUGACGAGCACAAGGAAUUCAAGGACGUCAAACUCUUCUACCGCUUUAGAAAGGAUGACGGCACCUUCCCGCUGGACAACGAAGUGAAGGCCUUCAUGAGGGGACAGAGGCUGUAUGAGAAGCUGAUGAGCCCUGAGAACACGCUGCUGCAGCCCAGGGAAGAGGAAGGGGUCAAGUAUGAGCGCACCUUCAUGGCGUCUGAGUUCCUGGAUUGGCUGGUCCAGGAAGGCGAGGCCACCACAAGGAAGGAAGCUGAGCAGCUCUGCCACCGGCUCAUGGAACACGGCAUCAUACAACAUGUGUCCAACAAGCACCCAUUCGUGGACAGCAACCUUCUCUACCAGUUCAGAAUGAACUUCCGGCGGAGGCGCAGACUGAUGGAGCUGCUCAAUGAAAAAUCGCCCUCGUCUCAGGAAACUCAUGACAGCCCCUUCUGCCUGAGGAAGCAGAGCCAUGACAAUCGGAAAUCUACCAGUUUUAUGUCCGUCAGCCCCAGCAAGGAGAUCAAGAUCGUGUCUGCCGUGCGGAGGAGUAGCAUGAGCAGCUGCGGCAGCAGCGGCUACUUCAGCAGCAGCCCCACCCUGAGCGGCAGCCCCCCGGUGCUCUGCAACCCCAAGUCCGUGUUGAAGAGACCUGUAACUUCGGAGGAACUCCUGACUCCUGGGGCUCCGUACGCAAGGAAGACAUUCACGAUUGUCGGUGAUGCCGUGGGUUGGGGCUUUGUGGUACGAGGAAGUAAGCCAUGCCACAUCCAGGCCGUGGACCCCAGUGGCCCAGCAGCGGCAGCGGGAAUGAAGGUCUGUCAGUUUGUCGUCUCUGUAAAUGGGCUCAAUGUGCUGCAUGUUGACUACCGGACGGUGAGCAAUCUGAUUCUGACGGGCCCUCGGACGAUCGUCAUGGAAGUCAUGGAGGAGUUAGAGUGCUGAGCAGGUAGACAUCCUGGCCCUUCAGUGGCCUGAGAAUGAUCGAAGCCAGGAUAACACAAAGCAAUGCAAUGACAAGACUUCCACGCACAUGGAUGGUUUUGGACGCACAAAAUGUCUCCAUACAUACACAUCUUGAUUUGCGUUUCAUACACUGUUUGAAUGUGGAAGAACCGGGUAGAUCAUCUUUAAAAAAAAAAAAAUUAUGUCAGUGUAUAAAAAAGUUCAGAAAUGAAAUUUCCUUACGUAGUAGAAUUACCUUACUCAGGUUCCAUUUGUAGUUCUCAGCCAUUGUUUUUUAUCUUGAUUUGCCUAAAGUUGUUGAAAUGCUUCUCUGGCCAAAACAGCAACAUGCUAAAAUCCCCUCAUAGGAUUCAAUGGAGUAGUUGUUACAGAUUUUAAAUUGUUCUCUUACCAAAAUGAACCUGGAACUCUUUAUGGAAAGAUCUGGAUUUCACCAAGCUUCAAAUUAAAGCAACAUCCAAAGGAAUAUUACCCGUUAACUAGCAUUUUGAAGAGGUUCUAAAGCAUUCAAGUGCUUAAAAGCCAUUGAAAAAAAAAUGACUUUUUUUUAAUUCCUGCCUUUAGUAUCAACUUCUAACCUAUGUUUUCAUUUAUGGCGUUCAUUAGAAAACAAAAACCUUGUGAUGAAUAUAGAUGGGAUACAUAGGGGGAUACUACUUCUGAUUAUUUGCUCUGAUUUCUCUUUCUGAGCCUAAAUAAUUUUGUCUUAUCAAUCAGCUACAGAAGCUUUCUAGAAUUAAUCCAGAAUAUGUUGAAUGUCAAAACAGAGGAAUUUGUAUAUACACAUAUCAAGCCUCUGGCAAGAUUUCACGUUGAAGUUGUCCCUUUUUAAAUGAAGUAUUCUAGAGCUUGGCCCAUAUGUGAUAAAAACUUGAAAUUAAAUUGCCUUCUUGGCCUGAAUUUUUACUAGCUUUCUAGUGUAACAUAUUCUAAGGAAUGACAUGUCCUGCUUCUUUGGCGGGAUUAUUUUUCACCAAAACAUCAUCUUGUGUUGUCAUUUUUCAGCUCACUGUAUAUAUGCAUGUUUCUUUUUUUGGUUUAGAAAAGAAUGCAUUUGGGGGCUUGUUGUAUUGAGGAAAUUCCUCAAAGUGCCAAAUUAGGUAGUCAGGGAAUGCCAAAUUCUUGAUUUCAUAUGAUGCAUUCUGAACAACCAGGUUACUUUCUUAUCACGUAUUAACAAUGAAAUAUGAAUGUUGUACCUCAGCCAUUCUUUUUGUGAUGGGUUAUCAUAAUGUGUUGGUACUAGUAAAAUGAACAUAUCGUGCUACAGAUGUUACAUAUAUAUGUUUCUGGUAAUCCAGCUUUUCUGAUCUUAGCUUUAGUCAGAGAAUAGGAUUUUGAAG